AUGACCACAGUUGCUGUGCAACCUUUUCUUGCAUUUGCACAGUUUCCCUUGGAUGCGGACGGCAACUACCACGCCACCGGCCUGUCACGAGGGGAGGAUUUGUUCAAUGCAAAGGACCUUGCAGCGUUCCAGGAAGGUUUGAAGACAACACCGGACUGGGCAGUUCCAGUGGCAUGGCAUCUCAGCGUAACGGUGAACAGCAGCAUCAAAGAGCCGGUCAAAUUUGGCUUCGCCGGCAGCGGUGGGUUCUUGAUGGUCACAGUUCCUGCUGAAGCAGCAGGUGUCGAAGUUGAAGCAACUGGCCGCGUAGCAGCCGGUGCAUCUGAUGCCAGCUUCCAGUACCGGGAUGGACCCAAGGUUCUCAAUGGCGACGUUAUUUUCACGAACUUCUGUCUCAGACCGCGGCGAUGCGAAGAGAAGGAAUUCUGUGGCCAGGGAUGGGAGCCUAAACCUCCCAAGACGGUUGGCAACAGCAGGCUCGAGUGUUGCGACGUCAUCGCCUGCAAGGAUGCAAAGGAGGUAGAUGGCUGCAGCGGCACUGCUUGGAAGCAGAAGGCCAACUUCGACGAGCUGAAAGGUUACACCAAAGACCAGUGUUGCCAACCUGUCCUCUGCGACGCGAAGAUCUGCGGCCCAGGUUUCAAGGCCAAGAAUGCCACGGGCCUGCAAGGCAGCACCACAGACGAAUGCUGCGAGCCGGCGUACUGCCACGAGAUGGAAUGCCCAUCUUCGACGCAGUACACCCUCCUCGUGCGUGACGACGACGGAAAGCCCCGGCGCGGCAGCACGGUGAAAGAGUGCUGCAAGGAAGCCAAGUGCACGGAUCUGGACUGUGGGAAGAGUCCGAACCUUGCCUGGCGAAACAAGACCUCCACAGACGGACUGGGUAGCACAUUCCUCGAAUGCUGUGACAAAAACUUAUGCGCUGACUUCACCUGUGCACCGUCCAGCCAGUGGAAGCCGAAGAAUCUUCCGAAGCUUCAAGGCGGAAGCAACGAGGCGUGCUGUCAGCCCUUGAUGUGCAAGGCUCACAAAUGCCAGGAUCCGAAGCAGACGGUCCCACGACUUGCUGAUGGCAGCCCCUCCCUGGCGCUGGGGAGCACGGAUGAGGAAUGCUGUGAGCUGAAGCUUUGCAAAGACUAUACCUGCAGUGACCCCACGAAGUGGUCCAUGAAGCCCCUGAUGGAGGAUGGCAGUCCCAGGAAGGGCUUUGACGACGAGACCUGCUGCGAGGAGAUCUUCUGCGAGAACUCCAUCGAUUGCGAGAGAGCGGAUGGAGGCAAGUGGCGCUCGAAGGCUCCAGAGGCUCUGGUUGGACUGCAAGGCAGCACCACCCAGCAGUGCUGUGAAGCAAAUCAUUGUGCCGAUUAUACGUGCACUUCGGAUUCGCAGGGAACUGGCCACGGGACGAAAUGGUACAAGAAGGCGGACACCAAUCAGUACCGCUAUCAGGGCAGCACUGAUGCUGAAUGCUGCUUGCCGAAGUAUUGUGAUUCUUACGAGACAGAGCUGCCGCUGACCAAGUGGAAGCGCCGAAAGGCCAGCGUCAGUCUGCUCGGCAGCACCGAUGCCGAAUGCUUUGAGAAGCGAUUGUGUAUGGAGGAGGUUGACUGUCAAGCCUUGGGCGCCGGGGCCAACGUUACCGACGCGAGCCUGCUCGGCAGCACUCGAGACGAAUGCUGCUUCUAG